AUUAUAUUUUCUGAGAAAGAAAGCUUUCAACCGAGCUGCGCAUGAUCAUUGACCUAGUUAUUUCAACAACAAGCCUGGCGUGUUGCAGUGAAUCGUUAUGUUGUAAGGUAUAGAAAUCUACUGAUGUUACAAGCCAUGCCAAUAAGAACUUCACACUGAACAGAAGUUGACAAGAGUAGUCGCCCAUCUUGGUUCCAGAAGAGGAUCUCUAGCCUGUCUUCCAUAACCAUACUGAUUACCAUGUCAGCUGAAUUGACCUCAAGAAAUCUUGAGAAAAGAAAGUCUAUCCUCUUGCUUGGAAGAGAAGGUCUAGGCAAAAGCUCCACUGGCAACUCUAUUCUUGGUUCACCUUUUUUUAAAGCCAAAAACUACAGCUUACCCGAUGAAGAGAAUUCUGUUGAUGGUGUUUCCUCCCGUUGGACUGGCAUCACAGUUGUAGACGGCAUCAGUGUGAGGGACAAAGAUUUGUCUGACAAGUACCUGGCUCUAAAGCUAGCUGUCUCGGGGUUCAAGGCCUUUGACCUUUGCCCUGACGGGUUCGAUGCUGUGGUACUUGUGUUACAGUACGGUGUCAGGUUCACCAAACAGGAGAAGGACACUAUUGCCGUCAUCAGAGAAAUAUUUGGUCGUGAUGUUUUUAAGAAAUGGGGCGUCAUUGUUAUGACGUAUGGGGACUCUUUUCAGCUGGACCAUGACGACGAGGGUUCGAGUGGCACGAUUCAGCAAAAGUUUGAUGGGUGGAGAAAACAACAAGUGGGUGACAUAAAAAAGUUGUUUGAAGAAUGUGGUGAAAGGUGUGUUGUGUUCAACAACAAAGCAAAUGAUAAAGUUGUUAGAACUGCUCAAUUAGAUCACCUAAAAGAAGCGCUCAGUUGUUUAAAGUCUGACCCAUACACACGCGAAUGUUUCGAAUAUUCAAUUCAUGCGUUAAUUAUGUCAUAUGUUAGUGACAUUAAGACACAAAUAGACAUACACAUAGCUUCGCAAACAGAGCAAAACCAACCGGAGAAUACGGUGGCAUAUUUAUCGGAUCUUAGAGAAUGUUUAAUAUUGAUAAAAGAUGUCGUUGAGAUUCUCUGUGGAAUAUUGAAUUUGAAUGAAGAUCAUUUCGUCGUUGUUAAUAAAAAUGAUAAUGUCGUUGUUAAUGAAAAAGGUAAUGUCGUUGCUAAUGAAAAAGAUAAUGUGAUUGUUAAUGAAAAUGACAAUUUCGAUGCUGUUAACGAAGAUGAUAUUGUCGUUGUUAAUGUAAAAGAUAAUGUCGUUGUUGUUAAUGAAAAUGAUAACGUUGUUGAAAGUCCCUGUGAAACGAGGGGAGAAGAGAAGUUCGAAUUUGUUGAUUUAAAAGAUACCCUGGAUGUAAAUGAAGCGGCAGCUGGUGUACCACCUAAUGAAAAACAGAAAUGGAUGGAGAUACUUCAACUAGUCAACCAGUUCAUAAGCGAGUGUAAUUCGCAGAUAAACAACAUACCCAGUUACUUUAGCUGGGAGUUUUUGUGGCACUGUUACAAUUACAUUUUUAAUACGAUUGGUUCACUUUAUAAUAAGUUGAAAUGUAUGGGCCUGCGUUACACCAACUGACAUGGGAGCCAUCAAGAGUAUAAUGAGCUGAAUGACAUUUCUCAUGAUUAGUUGUAUAAAAAUACAAUAUUUUUUUCCCUAAAAUACUUUGUCAAACGAUGCCUGAAAUAAAAUAAUUUUGACAAUAAU